GAAAACCUAGCAGCUCGGCGCUCCCUCUUCUGACUCCUUCGAGGUACUCCCAUCGCUAUCGACCGGGUCCUCGAGCGCGGGAGAUGGCGGAUCAGGAGACCCCAGUUGCAGUUGAGGCCCCUACCCCGGUCCUUGGGGAGCCGAUGGACUUGAUGACUGCUCUGCAGCUUGUCAUGAAGAAGUCGGGUGCUCAUGAUGGCCUUGUUAAGGGUCUUCGUGAGGCUGCCAAAGCAAUUGAGAAGCAUGCUGCUCAGCUUUGCGUGCUUGCGGAGGACUGUGACCAGCCUGAUUAUGUCAAGCUGGUGAAGGCUCUUUGCUCUGAGCACAACGUUCACCUGGUUACUGUGCCUAGCGCUAAAACUCUUGGUGAAUGGUCUGGGCUUUGCAAGAUUGAUUCUGAGGGCAAGGCGAGGAAGGUUGUGGGUUGCUCCUGUGUUGUCGUCAAGGACUAUGGCGAAGAAUCUGAGGGCCUUAACAUAGUUCAGGAGUACGUCAAGUCACACUAGAUACAGUGCAUCGGUAUCUGGAACUUGUGCUCUACACUAGCUUUAAGACCUGAAUUUAAAUUUGUGCUGGUUCUUGGGCUUUUCUAGGAGAUUAUCUCAAUUCUUGUUUUAAGUGAUGUCAUCUGGUGUUAAUACAAAUCAUUAAGCGGUGGUAUUCUGCUUCUGUUCUUUGUU